GCGAGCUUCUUCACGAGUCAGGAGACUAUGGCUGCUGCGUCCAGGAUGGUUUGUUGUUCUUCCAUCCAGGCUCGCUAUUCACUUCUUUCGGGUUUGAGGUUCCGGCAAACGUCCUUUAUAUAGUCGAUCACAACGAGAAAAGCUGAUAGAGGUCCUGAACGUAUCAAUGCUUGGGACGUACGCACUUCUGAAGACAACGGAUUAAAUCACUUAGAUACUCCAAUGCUGGUUGGAAACAAAGUACUCUUGUUUCGUGGUGUCCCGAACAGGUCAAAGAAACUGUCUUGCGCUGGGUUGGACAAGACAAUUGUCUCGCGGCAAACUGUUUUGCAACAAGCACUAUUCAGAUGUAUAACACUGACCAUCAUACACACAGAUCAAGGUAAUGGUCUGAUACGGACGCACCGCUAUCUCCUCACCCGCCAUCGCACUCGAAAUCAGCCAUCUCCCGAACCCCUGGCAGUAGCGCAUCCGGCUCCGAACACAUCACAACUCCUCUUCUCCACCAGCUUCCACCGACGAAGAAUGUGCUACGCCCUCCUCCAAACCUGCACCCAAUGCUCCUGGCUCCUGCAAAUCACCUACCCGCGCUGCAGCCACGCCAAAACACACGGUCUCGAUCCGCCAGCGUGCCCGAAUCGCAUGAAGAGGAAGUAUACGGAUGGAGGGUUGUGCAGAUGGUGUCGGGUGAGGAAGGGGAGCUUGAGUGGGAUGCCGUGGGAGGAGAGGAAAGAGAGCAGUGGGGAGGAAAGGCAGGAUGGGGCGAUGGGACCGAACAUCAGGAGAAAGAGGAAGGCGAGUUGCGUGGAGGAUGGCGAAGAGAGGCAUGAGGAGUCUGAGGAAGAGAGUGAGUGUGGUGGAGAGUACGUUGACGAAGUGGAGCGCAAGCGGAAUUGCAGGGGAGAAACGAUGGAGACUCGCUGCGUACCACGGCUCCGCACCACCCUUCCACUGCGGCCGAAGAAGGCACGACACUGAACAGUCGAGAGGGAAGAAGAAACAUAGUAAUGCAUUACGCCUACAUAAAACCCCCAUCCAAAAACGUCAAGAAGCCAAAAGUCUAAACUGGGGGUAUACGAACAGGGCAGACUUAGACUCACAGUCUCUCCUACAUAAUCACCUCCUCCGCCUUAGGGCGGGGUGGUAAGAAUGAU